AAAAACAAGACUAAUGAGAGAAGUUGCACACCCACUCCCCAAAACACUUUCUUUCUUUAGUGUUUUAUAUUGGUUUUAGCACAAGAGAGAAAAGGGGGAAUUGCUUGGUGAAUCACUGAAUCUGAAUCAUUCACAAUACAAAAACGGCGAUGGCAUCGAGAUUAUGGGCAUCAAAAGCUGCUUCAUACCUCAAGAUCUCCACAUUCAACAGAGGUUUCGCUUCUGUUGUUAAGGAUUUGAAGUACGCCGAGUCUCAUGAAUGGGUGAAGGUGGAGGGUAAAUCUUGCACCAUCGGUAUCACGGACCAUGCCCAGGAUCACUUAGGAGACGUGGUGUAUGUUGAGUUGCCGGAGGUUGGCGCCGCCGUGACUCAGGGCGGCAGUUUUGGUGCUGUUGAGAGUGUCAAAGCCACUAGUGAUAUUAACUCCCCUGUUUCCGGCAAGGUUGUUGAAGUAAAUGAACAACUCACUGGUGAACCCGGUUUGGUGAAUGGAAGUCCGUAUGAGAAUGGAUGGAUUAUAAAAGUGGAGAUAAGUGACACCAAUGAAGUGAACUCUUUAAUGGACUCUGAACAGUAUUCAAAGUUCUGUGAAGAAGAAGAUAAACACUAGAGUUGUUUUACAUCGACUUGUAUUUGCAUGUUUUUUCGUGGUUUGCAUUUGGGUUUUUUUGGCAAUUGUUUGAAAAUUUUGAAUUUUGAAAGGGGUUUUGCUUACAAGUAUGUCAAAUGCAUCCAUCAAACGUUUUUGAGAUUCGACAAUGUUAUGAAAUGAUACAUUUAUUCUUGUAAUGCAAAAAAUGGCACAAAUGUUGCUAAACUCUUAAGUAAUAA